ACUUCAUAGUCCUUCUCAAUCUCUUUCAUUCUCUACCAUUUGUCAUCAUCUUUUACUCAAUAUCAAACUUCUUUUCACAUGAAUCCUUUCGAUUCUUCCCACAUUGCAAAAAUGUUUAUGGAUCAUAUGAAUGAUGGUAUGGACGAAGAACUCGUGAGAUUGUUUAUGGAAGAAGAAGCCUCCAUCUCUAAAAGGUCUAGACGUCAAAGAAGGAAUAUAAAGAGAAAUCGUGAGGAGGAGCAUGACCCAUCUCCCCUCAUCUCUUCUUCUUCUUCUUCUUCUUCCUCCAUCUAUUCUUUCUCCUUCUCUGAACAUGUUUCUUUCGUAAAGAAUGUAGCUGCAACUCAACCACCUCAGCAUCUCUCACAACUCUUGAAUAUCUUGAAAACUAGAGGUGAUACAAUUAUUUCUCCUGCUGCCAAACAAGGAUUAAUCCCCCUUGCUAUUCCACUCUCACAAAACAGCUCUGGUGUUGUAACUGCGCUGCUGCGAUGGCCUACGGCUCCACCCAAAUUGGAUAUGCCGGUGGUGGAAGUUAGAAAACAUGGGGUGUGGCUUUUAGCUAAGACGGUAGACCAAUAUAUUCACAGGAUAUUGGUUGAAGAAGAUGUAAAGGACAGUCAACAGAGAAAUGAAGAACUAUUUUAUGCUUCAGCUGAUGCUGGUGAAAAGCUUUAUAGAAAGGGUUAUUUUGCAAAGUCUGGAAUUUCUAACUUAGAUGACUAUCUUCUAAAAGAGGUUGGUAUAUUUCCUGAUGUCUUAGAGCGCAAAGUGAUGCGGCAUUUUGAGGAAGGAGAUCAGGUCUCAGCUUUAGUAACGGGGGAAUUUUAUACAAAGAAGGAGCAUUUUCCAGGAUUUGCACGGCCUUUUGUGUUCAAUGCCGAGAUUAUGUUGAGGGUUGGGCGUAAAGUAGAAGCUAAAGAUGCUGCUAGGGGAGCUUUGAAAUCACCAUGGUGGACUCUAGGUUGCUUGUAUCGGGACAUUGCUAAUAUAGCCCAAUGGGACAAUGAGCAAAUUGAGUAUAUUAAAGAGAGAGUUUCUGAAGAGGGAAGGCAAGAAGAUCUUAAAAAGGGGAAGGAACCUGCACAGGUUUUACUUGAUGAGGCAGCUUUCUUGUUAAAUUUGGCUUCUAUAGAAGGAAAUUGGGACGAUUAUUUGGAACAGAUAGCCAAAUGUUAUGAGGAAGCAGGACUCAAUGAUGUUGCAAAAUUCAUUCUUUAUAAAUCAUAAUUCAUCUGGCAGAUUUUUGUCCAUCUACAGGUUUCAGAGCCUUCCCUGUUCGGCAUUUCCAGUACUUCAUAUUAGAGUUUUGGAUAUUUUUGCUUGAAUUCACGUUUCAUUCAAACAAUAUAAUUCGACUUCUCAAAUGUCCAUUAUUUUUCAUGGCUUACAUGUAUGAAUAAUGACAUUAACUCUUAGUUCAUCAUAUAUUACUUUAUGCA